CCAAAUUUGACUCCUUGUGAAAUAAAGCGACCCCAUCACCAUCUCAUGCUCUCUUCCUCACACAGAAUCUGAAGGCCAGAGGCAGAGGGAGACCCCAAGCUCUCUCUCCUUUCCUCCGCUUCUCUAACCCUAAAAAUUGGGUUUUGACGCAUCGAUGGAGAAGGAGAAGGUCCAGUCCCCGAACUCCUCCAGCAACAGCAGCAGUAGCAGCAGCAAUGGAGUGGCGGCGGUUACGGCACCGAUCACUCCCAAAUCGGUGUCGAAAUCGGUGGAUGCUAGCGUUUUCCCGACCACCUUUAUCCAGGCCGACGCUGGAUCCUUCAAGCAGGUCGUCCAGAUGCUCACCGGCUCUUCUGAGACCGCCGCCAAGCACCACCACUCGGCGCCGGCUCCGCCGCCCGCCAAGAGCGGGAUCCCGCUGGCCGCCAAGGCGACGGGGCCCAAGAAGCCGGCGUUCAAGCUCUACGAGCGAAGGGCCAGCCUCAAGAAUCUGAAAAUGAUCAGCCCGAUGAUCCCCGCCUUCGGCGGCCUUAACCCUAGCUCUCCACUCGGCGCCGCGUUCUCGCCGCGGAGGCAGCCGGAGAUCCUCUCCCCCAGCGUGCUCAACCUGCCGGCGUUGACCCUCAGCCCCGUCACGCCUUUGAUCCCGGAUCCGUUCAACCGGUCGUCGCAGCCGAAUCCGAGACCGAUGCCGCCGCCUACGGCGGCAAUCUCGGCCGAGGAUCGGGCCAUCGCCGAGAAGGGAUUCUACCUGCACCCUUCGCCGAGGACCACGCCGAAGGACGCGGAGCCACCGAGGUUGCUGCCGCUCUUCCCAGUCACAUCGCCGACGCCGUCCUCCGUUUCCGCUGCCGCCUCUUCUUCCUGAGAGAUGCCCACUUCCUGAGAGAUUCUUCCUGCAUGGUACGAGGAUGAAUCAAUGAUUGAAUUGUACAAUUUCUUUCUAUGCCUUCCUUCCUACCAUCUCUCCAUCACGCAAAUCUACAAUCUAAUCAAUCAAACAUGAGAUGCAUGGUAUCUGCAAGAUUUCACUAA